AUGUCCGGCGCGGAGGAGGCCGGCGGGGGCGGGCCGGCCGCGGGGCCCGCCGGCGCCGUGCCGCCUGGGGCCGGGGUCGGGGUCGGGGCCGGGCCUGGGGCGGCCGCGGGGCCGGCGGCAGCAGCCGCGCUGGGCGAGGCGGCGGGGCCCGGGCUCCCGGACGAGGCGGGCCUGGCCGGCGCCCGGCAGCUGCAGGAAGCGGCCGGCGACCCAGACGCGCCGCCCAAGAAGCGGCUGCGGGCGGCCGAGGCAGCCGAGGCGGCGGCGGCGGCGGCGGCGGCGGGCAGCGGGAAGCUGGAGGAGCGGCUCUACUCGGUGCUGUGCUGCACCGUCUGCCUGGACCUGCCCAAGGCCUCCGUGUACCAGUGUACUAACGGUCACUUGAUGUGCGCUGGCUGUUUUAUCCACCUACUAGCAGAUGCCCGGCUGAAGGAGGAGCAGGCCACGUGCCCUAACUGUCGUUGUGAGAUCAGUAAGAGCCUUUGCUGCCGCAACCUGGCCGUGGAGAAGGCCGUGAGCGAGCUGCCCUCCGAGUGUGGCUUCUGCCUGCGCCAGUUUCCCCGCUCCCUCCUGGAGAGGCACCAGAAAGAGGAGUGCCAGGACAGGGUGACCCAGUGCAAAUACAAGCGCAUCGGCUGCCCGUGGCACGGUCCCUUCCACGAGCUGACGGUGCACGAGGCCGCCUGUGCCCACCCCACCAAGACGGGCAACGAGCUGAUGGAGAUCCUCGACGAGAUGGACCAGAGCCACCGCAAGGAGAUGCAGCUGUACAACAGCAUCUUCAGCCUGCUCAGCUUUGAGAAGAUCGGUUACACAGAGGUCCAGUUCCGGCCGUACCGCACAGAUGACUUCAUCACGCGUCUGUACUACGAGACGCCGAGGUUCACGGUGCUGAACCAGACGUGGGUCCUGAAGGCGCGUGUGAACGACUCGGAGCGGAACCCCAACCUGUCGUGCAAGCGCACGCUGUCCUUCCAGCUCCUCCUCAAGAGCAAGGUCACGGCGCCCCUGGAGUGCUCCUUCCUGCUGCUCAAGGGCCCAUACGAUGACGUGAAGAUCAGCCCCGUCAUCUACCACUUCGUCUUCACCAACGAGAGCAACGAGACGGACUACGUGCCGCUGCCCAUCGUCGACUCCGUGGAGUGCAACAAGCUGCUGGCCGCCAAGAACAUCAACCUGCGGCUCUUCCUGUUCCAGAUCCAGAAGUAGGUGGCUCCGCCCGGCUGCCCGCGCCUGCCCACAGCGGCUUCGCCGCGCCCGCUGACCGCUUCAGCGGAGGGAGGAGGAGGAGCCAACGCGAACAUUGGGAAAGUCUGCAUGCGUGCGCGAAGGUGUGAGUGCGCGCGCUCGCCCUCUGCCCUGCCUCCCCUGUCCCGAGCACCGGAGGCCGGGCUACCUGCGGAGGAGACGGUGGUUCCGGACACGAUGGGGCUAAGCCCAGCGGCCACGCCCUGGCCCCCAGCGGCACAGUGAGGCGUACUGUCCGCGCUGGGCCGGGCUCAGGGAGCACGCUGACUUCAGACGGCAUAUUUGAUUGCAAUUAAAAAGGCACCCUUGUUUCCUACUUUCUGUUUUGUUUGAGGGAAAGGCGUAGCUGCGACUGGACACUGGGGGAGCUUUGGUUGGGCCUGGGCCAGGGCCAGAGGUCCUUGUCCCUCCGCCCCCGUGCACACCCCCAACGGAGACUUGGAGGCAUUGCUCCCUCUGCCACAGGCCUGCACAGGGGAGCAGCCUGAGCCGGCGCCUUGCAGCGGCCCCAGUGCACGCCCCCCGCCCCAACCAGCUGCUCCAGAGGGGCAGGACUAGGCCCCCUGGGCUCAGCAGAUGCUUCAGAAUCAAGGGUGAAGCUCUGUCUCUUCCCAGGAAAACGAUUGAAAUCUUCACAGGCUCUUCUGUAAGUUAUGAAAUUUAGCAAGAGAGAAUCUAUUUUCUGUAUUGAGCCUUGAGGGCGCAGCACCCCAGCCUGAGGGAAGCUGUGGGGGUUGCUGGUGACAAGCCGGCCUGGCUGGGUGAAAGUUGGAGUGGGCCGGCCAUCCCCAGCCUGCUGUCAGGGACUGGCUGCCGGCCCUGUGUUCUGGGGGCCCCCGUGGAGGUCAGUCCUUGGGCAGCACGCUUUCUCACUGGAGGGGGCUCUUCACAGCCUCCACUUGGCUGCUCCCAUGGCCCUGGCCUGGGGAGAGCAGGCCUCAGUGUGUGGGCCUCACACCGGGGGAAGGAGCCCUGCCUGGAGGACCCUGAGACCCUCAGAGCUGCUAGAAAGGGGAAGUUUGGCCCCCCUCCUUUGCUUGGGAGACACAGCUCUUCUGCGAUAGGGUUCUGUUGCUUCAAUACCAAAGAACCGUUUCCUUUGCCCCUGGCCUGGCCUGCCCCGUGCUUCAAUCCUUACCCCCGACACGUCCCCACCACCCCAUUUCCCGGGCCGAGUCGGCUCAGCAUGCAGGGGAGCCCAGGCAGCAAGAGUGCAGAGCCGCAGGCCUGCAUGGCUCUUCUGUCCCUCCCCCUCCCAGCUCUGAAGCUGAGAAAUGGAGGCAGGGAAUCCUGGGGUAUUGACAGCUUCAUCCCAGUGCCCAGCCCAGGCAGGCCUCUGAGCCAGUUCUCCCCCCGGGGCAGCUGGCCCAGUUAUACUGAGAAGACUGCUUAGCCUCCCGUUUCCAGCCUAGGGCACGGGGCUCGCGAGGGAACCCCUCCUGCAAGGCCAUCUGUGCCUGGCUGCUGAGGGCACCCAGAGGUGCUAUGCUUGCUUUCCUACCCGCCACAAAGAAAGAUGCCUCGCCAGCCCCCAGCACAUCCUUGGGGGCACCCCCUGGCAUGAGUCCCACUGCCCUUGGGGGCUGCCCCCUUCCUGGCAGGCACGGAGGAGGACGUUCAGAGUGCUGUGUGCCAGGUCUCGUGUGUAGAGGAGACGGUGCUGUGUCAUUGCAUCUCAGCCUCUCUCAGGGGUAGACACCAUCUCUAGAGCUGCUGGAUUUCAGGGUGACCAUAUGGUUGAGGAGCCAGGACAGGCCGGGCUUGCCUGUCUGGGUGCAUGCACGAGAGAUCGGAGCCCGCAGAGGGGUGGUGCCCAAAGGCUCUCCCAAGUGGGGCAGGGUUGGGGGCAGCAGAUCUCUAUGCAGGUCAGGUACGUGGCCGGGCCCCCUCAGCCCUGUUUCUGCAUCCCCGGGUUUAGCAGCCCUUUGGGAUGGGGGUGGCAGGUGGGCUGGGAUCUGCACACCAGGGGCUUCUGGGUGCUGCGGGCGCAUAGCCCACUAUUUCCGGCAGCCCAGGGCGUGCGGGGGACAGAGUGGCACCCACACAAGGUUCUCCUUGUAGGAGUAUGUGUAUGGGGGUGCCCGGGAGGAGUGGUAUUACAUCCCAGCAACUGUCCCCAGCACGGCCCCCACCCGGUGACGGUCAGCUCAGCAGCUGAGGCUUUCAGCUGCUGGAGACAGGUACCCUGGGAGAUUGUGGUGCAUCUCAGCCACUCCUGGGAGCUGGCUCCAUAAACCUCCCUGUGGCAUCUCACUGGUGGGGUUGAUUUACAUGUUGUUAGAAAGGAGAAAACACCCGCGGUCUUUCUCCAGGACCCCUUGCCAUCUUGGUGUCCUGACCUAGAGAGAGGAGGAGGAACUGUGGCAGAUGUGGGGGGAGUCCUGGGGGCCCCUCCAGUCCUUGCCAUCACUCCUCCCCUAUGGGCACUACAUCCCUCGGCUCACCCAAGUGAGACAUUUACAAAGAUAAUAAAAGUAAUUUUUUAAAGAGUAAA